CAAAGCGUUGCCAGGGCAACGUUUGCCGUAUCGCUUGACGGCAGCUUGGUCUUUUCGGACAUGGCGUCCUCCUCAUUGAUCUGCAGCGAGACUCAGAGCAGGGUGAGUUCAGUCCUCAACAGAGAUGUGAAGCAGUAUGGAAAGAAGUUCAUGUUUGACUGCAACGAAGAGACAUGCUGGAACUCAGACCAGGGUGAAUAUCAGUGGGUGUUUCUGGAGUUCCCCCAGUCUGUCAAGGUGUCAGAGUUAAAGGUCCAGUUCCAGGGAGGCUUCUCUGCAAAAACAUGCAGAUUAGAAGGUUGCCCAAAAGGUGGGGACUUUACGGUGAUCAGCCAUUUAUAUCCAGAAGACGACAACUCUCUUCAGAGCUUUCCCAUACAGGAGGCCCCUGCAGUGGACAAAGUAAAAAUAAUGUUUGAGAAUAGUGCUGACUUUUUUGGAAGAAUUAUUGUUUAUUCCUUGGACGUCCUGGGGGAAAAAGCCUCCUGACCGGUUUUUAAAAUCCUCUCAUGAGAGAGGAAAUGACCCCCCGAGUCAAGUAUAGGAUGCAGGAUGGUGUGGUGGCACUUGGGAAACAUGUCAUCUGUGCUGCCACCUCAUGAACCGAUCUAAAUGUGGCCUUUUUUGGUAUGGACGGUUUCAAGGAUCUGUCAGGCCAUCUUACCCCUUCUCACUCAAACCCAGAAGGCUUGACAUGAAGUCCGGAUCUAAGUUAUAAUUGCAGAUUUAAUGGAUUUAUUAUCAUGCUCUCUGUACUUAUUUUGUGCCUUUUGAGUUAAAGCGCCAUUCCAGCUGAACACACAGUAUAAAAAUACAUUUUUAUUAAAACUUGUUUACAGUCUCUAAUGCACACAAAGCUAUGUAUCCAAAUGGAAUAAACAGUUUGUAAAAUAA